AUGUCCGCGCAGCGGCCACGGCGCCUCCUGCGCGUCUCCAAAGCCUGCGACUUUUGCCACAAGCGGCGCAUCAAGUGCCAGGAAAACCCGGCUGGCGGCAAUCGAUGCCAGAACUGUGCCGAGUUUGACAUUCCCUGCACGUAUGCACGGCCGUCUCGACGGGGCCGGGGCUCGCCUCCGCCGCCGGGACAUUCCGACGUGGGCGUGUUCCCAAGCCGGCCGGACGGACAGUUGUACGGCCAUAGCCAUCACCAGCGCACAAUGUCCGGUGACGACAUGCCGACGCGCAGCUCGCAUGUGUCGGCCCACGGUGACGGCAACACCGGCAGCAGCACCGACGAGGGCGACUGCGCCGUGCCCACGGAGCCACUCAGCCCGACUUGGCAGGCCUUUGCCCACACGGUGACGCCGGCCUUGAAGCGGCUGUUUGCCAUCUACCACGAGACAGUGUAUCCGAUCUUCCCGUUUUUCGAUCCCGUCCGAGUCGAACGACGGCUCGAGAUGCUCGAGCAUGUACGCAGUCGCGCCUUUUUCUGUUCGGUCAUGGCAGCCUGCGCGCUGGCGUCGGCUCGCGCCCGCGACGGUGCCCUCUCGACGGAUGGAAGCUCUGCCGCUCCUGCUUCGACAAGCACGGCCGGCACGCCUGGCAGCAGCCGGUCGGGCUGCACGACCACCAGCGCGGUCGACCUGCCGGCCGCCGUGUUUCUGGCGGCGGCCGAAGAGGCGCUGCCGCACGACAUGCUGCAGUGCCAGGACUUUGACUACCUGCGCGGCUGUGCGCUGCUGGCCAUUGCCAGCAUCCAGGACGCCAAGAUCGCGUCCAUGCACAAGUACAUUGGGCUCUACUUCACCCUCAUGGCCGUCAACCAGUGGCACGACGAGGCCAACUGGCCGGCCCGCCUGCACGCCGCCGAGAUCGAGGAGCGCCGCCGGCUGUACUGGUCCAUCUACACGCUCGACGUCUACUCCUCCAUCAUCUGGGACGGCUGCAUCCACUUCCAGGAGAGCCACGCGCGCGUCGCCUAUCCGACCGGCCAGUCCGAACUGCCGCCCUGGUCUGGCCUCUCGCCCGCCUCGCCGCCGCUGCCCGCCAGCGCGUCUGCCCCUGCGCCCAGCUGGAUGGUCGGCUGGAACUUUACCACCGAUCUGUACCGCGUGCUGGAGCACAACCUGAGCCGGCUGCGGUCACGGUCGUCCCGGUUCGCCCUCGCGGUCGAUGGUGACACAGAUCACGUGACUGGUGAUACCGCCGCCACGUCCACGUCCAUGUCCACUUCCACCUCCCCCAAGAGACGCCCCUUUCGGGCUUCCUCGAGCCAGGACCGGGUCGCGGCCAUGUACGCGACCCUGCCGGCCGUGUUCAAGCAGCUGCAGCCCGCGACGGGCGAGCCAGCCCGCGACGUGUACGGCUUCCAGGCCGCCAACAUCCAGGCCACCCUCGGCCUCCUGCAGAUGGUCCACCUCUCGCUCGACGCCGACGCCGCCAGCCUCGAGCAGCGCUGCGCCGUCGUGCACGACGUCCUACAAAUCUUUCAUCGCGUGCCUACCUCGUAUCUUCGCGCUAUCAGCACCCCAUUCAUCUACCACAUCGGCGGCAUCGGCGCUAUCCUCGGCUCCGUCAUGGAAGGCCUCUUGUCCGAGGCCUCCUGCUGCCUCAUCCGCGAGCUGCUCCUCUCCAUGGCCGGCCUGCUCGAAAGUCUUGAGGCCUUUCUGCACCGCAGCGCCGGCGCCGGCCAGCGAUUGCGCAACCUCGUCGCCCGCCUUGAGGCCUACGUCGCCAGCCAACGACUACCGCCGUCACUGUCUACCGAAAACGGUCCUGGAAACGGUCCUGGAAACGGCCGACGUCCCAGACGACUGUCCAUAUCUUCGGUUGCUCUCGACCACCGCCAACAGGACCUGCUGCCCACGCCGCCACCCGUCCAGACGCUCGCUCCGCUCAUGUCUGUCCCCAUGGUCGUCAACACGUCCCCCGGUCCGGCUAGCGGCCCGACCGCUGUCGUCUCCAUCCCCGUCAACAGCCCGACUGCUGUCUACCACCAGAACAACGCCGGCUCCUGGGUUCCGUCUGCCGCCGCUCCCUCUCUCCCCCCAGACCUCAACCAGCAGUUCCAGUUGCCGGACGAGAUUCUCCAGGACUGGACCUGGCCCUUUGCUGCGUCCAACAGCUACCUUUCCUUCUGA